GUCUUUCUAGCUAUGACAUGGUGCACUAUGGCCACUCGAACCAGCUGCGCCAGGCUCGGGCCAUGGGAGAUUAUCUGAUUGUUGGAGUCCACACAGAUGAGGAGAUUGCCAAGCACAAGGGCCCCCCUGUCUUUACACAGGAGGAGAGGUACAAAAUGGUGCAAGCUAUCAAGUGGGUGGAUGAGAUUGCUCCAGGAGCUCCCUAUGUCACCACACUGGAAACCCUGGACAAAUAUAACUGUGACUUCUGUGUGCACGGUGAUGACAUCACCUUAACAAUAGAUGGCAAAGAUACCUACGAGGAAGUGAAGACAGCGGGGCGAUACAGGGAAUGCAAACGCACCCAAGGUGUGUCCACCACUGACCUGGUUGGCCGCAUGCUGCUCAUGACUAAGGCUCACCACAGCAACAUAGAUGAGGACCUAAACUAUCGGAAGCACACUGACAACUUUGGGAAGGGGCCAAAAGGCCACAGUCCCUGGACUGGUGUCUCACAGUUCCUACAGACGUCUCAGAAGAUCAUCCAGUUUGCAUCAGGGAAGGAACCACAGCCGGAAGAUACUAUCAUCUACGUGGCCGGAGCCUUCGAUCUGUUCCACAUUGGGCAUGUAGAUUUCCUGGAGAAGGUUCACCAGCUGGCAGAGAAACCCUACAUCAUUGCUGGGCUGCACUUUGAUCAGGAAGUGAAUCGCUACAAAGGGAAGAACUAUCCCAUCAUGAACAUCCAUGAGAGAACGCUCAGUGUCUUGGCCUGUAGGUAUGUCUCGGAAGUGGUGAUUGGAGCCCCCUACGCUGUCACUGCUGAUCUGCUGGAUCACUUCAGGGUAGCUCUUGUGUGUCAUGGGAUGACUGAGGUGGUGCCAGACAAGGAUGGUUCAGAUCCGUAUGAGGAACCGAAGAGACGCGGCAUUUUCCAGCUGGUGGACAGUGGCAGCAAUCUCACCACGGAUUUAAUUGUGCAAAGAAUCAUCAAGAACAGGCUGGAGUUUGAAGCUAGGAACCAGAAGAAGGAGGCCAAAGAGCUGGCUGUGCUGGAGGCCAUGAAGAGACUGGAAGAGGAGAAGCACUAGGGCAGCGGAGCUGAUG